GUCCAGUCCCUUAUGCUGCCCUGCCCUGCGAAGCGUCCCUUAUCACCCCGUGGCGAUCUGCCUGGACGACAAUGAUGGCCGUUCAUGGAUGGCCCUGGCCAUCGUCUCGAGCACAGUGCCCGCAGCAGCUGGUGCUUGCUUGGCUCCGGAUCCGCCUCGCGCGCUCCACAGGUUCGCCGCGAAGGGUGGUGUUGGUGGUGUCUUCCAUGUCGCCAGCGCGGCGCCCCGGUGGGAGCGAGUCCCGGCCAGCCCACCCGGGGGGGCCUGCAAAAUCGCGCAGAGAAAACAACGCCCGCCCCAUCGCCCGCAGGAGCCAAGCCUUUGUUUCCUUCUCCACACCUGCUCGUCCUUUUUCCACAUAGCAUCUCCCCGUCACGCUCAUCCCAAUCCUCUCUUCCUUUUCCUCCCCAACUCGCCUGACUCUGAGCAUCGUCCCGAUUGCGCCUGUCCACCUCGCCAGCCCAGUCCAAGUCUGUUCCAGAGCCCGGUGCUGUUCGCUCCUCUCUCUCACAACCUCAAGUCAAUCCACCCGACGCAUCUCCUUCCGACGCCGUCGUCAUCACCUGUAGGUCUCUUACCCGCCCGCCCGCGCUCCUCGCUGCAUUCGUCUCCCCCGGCCGCCACAAUCCGAGACAUCAACAAGAGGGCAAGGCACACCCGUAUUACAUGCAUCCUUUGCGACCUAGAAUCAGUCAAUUGGAUUCCUAGUAUCACGGGUUGUCGACUUGGUACCUCUGGCUGUCAGCUAUCGUGCUGUUUGCGGUGGUUUCAUUUGGGCGUCCUUGGCAUCAAUUGUUGUUGAGGAUUGUCUCUUAUGGCACGCGAUCCACGCGACCCUUCACCUCGGUCCCGACGGUUU